ACUUUUUGACGCACCCGUUGUAAAUCGUCUACUAUUACUAACUCCGCGCCUUUAUAUGCUCUCAUCAAGAGCAUUCAGCCCUAGGACUAUUUUCAAUCGAGCCGCCCUUUCUCCACUGGCAAUUUCCACUCGCUUCUUUGCAAGCCCCACAACCAGCAGCAUGGCAGGUAACACUUCUGUAGCAGACGCAGUCAAGCACGAUCACCGAGAGCUUGAAGAGUAUUACGACCAGAUCAUCAAAGCUACUGAUGCAGACACGAAGACCCGGUACCAAAACCUGUUCACCUGGGAACUUGCUCGCCACUCCGUUGGAGAGGAGCUUGUCGUUUACCCUGCUCUUGAGAAGUAUGUAGAUGGUGGCAAGGCAUUGGCCGAUAGAGAUAGGGAAGAACAUCAGAAGGUCAAAGAGAUGUUGUACAAGUUCCAGCAACUAUCGCCAAGUGAUAGCGAAUUUGAACCCACCAUCAAGAAGUUGAUGUCCGAUCUGGCCGAACAUAUCAAGGAAGAAGAGACAGAAGACCUCGUCAAGUUGGAACAAGCUGUCCCGAGCUCUGAAUCGAGUAGUCUCGCCGCAAGCUUCAAGAGGACCAAGAUGUUUGCCCCCACUCGGAGCCACCCCUCCGCGCCUGACAAGCCUCCUUUUGAGACCGUUGCAGGUUUGCUCGCUGCCCCUCUGGACAAACUAGGCGAUGUCUUCCGAAAGUUCCCCAAUGAGUGAGAAUUGCAAGCAUCAUUAGUAUGCUUUAUAAGUGUAAUGAAGUCGCGAAGCUUGUUCCGGUCCUCUGCUGUAGUCUCGGUUUUCAAACUUGUAUCCAUAUGAUUGUUUGGCUCCCGGAAGAUGGCGAAGCCAUGUUGAACCAUGAUGUAUGA